AUGAUGUUGUCUUGCAUAGGAAAAGUUGUUAUAAAUGUUCAUUUACCUGCGAAAAUUGUGAAGAAUUUGGAGAUAAAGAUGCUUGAGGAAUGGAAUCAAAUAAUUUCACAAAAUAUGAAGGAAUAUCACAAUAUUCACCAACCUGCUCUCAUCAUUGCCGGGUGUUCUGUUCUUGUAGCUAUUGUGCUCUCACUUUUUCUCAUUUUUCAACAUCUUAGAUCAUAUUCCAAUCCUUCGGAACAAAAAUGGAUUGUUGCUAUCGUUUCUAUGGUUCCAAUCUAUGCUACCGAGUCUAUUAUUUCUUUGUGGAAUCCAAGAUUAUCUCUUCCUUGUGACAUUUUAAGAAGCUACUAUGAAGCCUUUGCUCUAUACGCUUUCGGAAGAUAUCUGAUCGCUUGUCUUGGUGGUGAAGGUAGGGUUGCAGAACUACUUGAAGAUGAAUCCGAGGAAAAUCUCGAAAAACCCUUGUUGCAUGAUUCGGAUGAGAACAUCGACACCAAGCAGAGAUCGUUUUGCAACUUCUUUUGGCGACCGUGCAAGCUUGGAAAAGAUGUUCUUGCUAUUGAAAAAUUUGGUCUUGUCCAAUAUAUGAUCCUGAAGACUGUUUGUGCUUUCUUAGCAAUUAUACUUGAACUGUUCGGUGUUUAUGGCGACGGGGAAUUCCAAUGGAACUACGGGUAUCCAUAUAUAGCGGUAGUAUUGAACUUCAGCCAGAUGUGGGCAUUAUACUGCCUUGUGCAGUUCUAUAAUGUCACUCAUGAGAGACUUCAACCAAUAAAGCCACUUGCAAAGUUCAUCAGCUUUAAGGCUAUAGUGUUUGCUACUUGGUGGCAAGGUGUAGGAAUUGUGCUAUUGUGUACAUAUCAAGUGCUACCGAAUGACGGAAAACUACAAACCGGGCUGCAGGAUUUCUUAAUCUGUAUAGAGAUGGCUGUUGCAGCUGUUGCUCAUGUAUUUGUAUUUUCUGCAAAACCGUACCAUUUUGUUCCCGCUUCUUCUGCGAACAGAAAAGUUAGAGAGGAAAGAAUAGAAGCAACGUUGGAUAUAGAUGAAGAUGGAGAGAAGAAACCGGCCGUGCUUAAAGAGACGAUGACUCAAGUGGAGGCUCCGAGAACAAGUGUCACAGAGAGCGUCCAGGAUAUAGUUGUUGAAGGCGGUCAACGCGUUGUGAAGGAUGUUGUAAUGACGAUAAACCAGGCGAUAGAGCCGGUGACUAAAAUUCAGAAAACUUUCCAUCACAAAACAGUGGUUUCAUCAGAUGAGGAGAAAGAAGAAUCAGAUAUAGAAAUUGAGACAAAUGUGACAGAAAAUCUCACAGAGAAAGGGAAUGAUAUUGCAAUGGUGUAA